AUUCUCUAAAAUUAAAAGAAUUUUAAUUGUUUAUAAUAUUUAUAUAAAAUCAGGACUAAAUUAGUAGAGUAUAAAAAUUGAGGACUAAAAUUAAAAAAUUGAAAAAUUUACAUGGAUGACUAUUGGUGGACUUUGUUACCUAAUAUAAAAAUAUACAGAAAAUACAGAUGGAUAGAGAGAGAGAGAGAGAGAGAGAGAGAGAGAGCUCAGAGAACCAAGAAGGAAAACAUAAACAAAGGAUUAGGAAGGGAAACGUGUGGGUAUAUUUUCAUUUGUCUUUUGCUCAAUCUAUAUUUCAAGCAAAUCGGAGAUGAGUAGCUCAAAUGUUUAGAUUUUGUUUCUUGUCUGAAAGUUGAAGGAAUAAAAUUAAGCAAUGAAUGUGGUGUCCGCCGGAGUUGGAUCUACAGCCAACGCGGCAGCUCCGGGUUCGGCUGAAGGUGAAGCGCCGGAGAGAAGGCACAUCAACCCGGAGCUAUGGCAGGCGUGUGCUGGGCCGCUGGUGAACCUGCCGGCUGCUGGGACCCAUGUUGUCUACUUUCCUCAAGGCCACAGUGAACAGGUUGCAGCAUCUAUGAAGAGAGAUGUGGAUGCUCAAAUUCCGAACUACCCAAAUCUUCCUUCUAAGCUAUUAUGUCUCCUUCAUAAUGUCACCUUGCAUGCAGACCCAGAGACAGAUGAAGUCUAUGCUCAGAUGACCCUCCAACCUGUUUCUUCGUUUGAUAAGGAGGCGUUACUGAGAUCAGAUCUUUCUCUGAAGUCAAAUAAGCCACAACCUGAAUUCUUCUGUAAGACGUUGACAGCAAGUGAUACAAGCACUCAUGGAGGUUUUUCUGUUCCUCGACGUGCCGCCGAAAAGAUUUUCCCUCCUCUUGAUUUCUCGAUGCAAACACCUGCUCAAGAACUUGUGGCCAGGGAUCUGCAUGAAAAUGUCUGGAAGUUCCGCCAUAUCUAUCGUGGAAAACCAAAGCGCCACUUGCUUACAACAGGAUGGAGUCUAUUUGUUAGUGGAAAGAGACUUUUUGCUGGUGAUUCAGUUUUAUUCAUUAGAGAUGAAACACAGCAGCUUCUCUUGGGUAUAAGGCGUGCUAACAGGCAACCUGCCAAUCUAUCAUCAUCAGUACUGUCUAGUGAUAGCAUGCAUAUUGGCAUCCUCGCUUCAGCUGCUCAUGCAGCAGCAAACAAUAGCCCUUUUACCGUGUUUUAUAACCCAAGGGCUAGCCUAUCUGAAUUUGUUAUUCCUUUAGCCAAGUACUAUAAAGCAGUGUACAACCAUCAAAUAUCACCUGGCAUGCGCUUUCGAAUGAUGUUUGAAACUGAAGAGUCAGGAACAAGAAGGUAUAUGGGUACAAUUACAGGAAUCAGCGAUAUUGACCCUGUAAGAUGGAAAAACUCACAAUGGCGUAAUUUGCAGGUUGGCUGGGACGAGUCAACUGCUGGCGAAAGACGUAAUAGAGUAUCCAUUUGGGAAAUCGAACCAGUUACAGCUCCAUUUUUCAUCUGUCCAUCUCCAUUGUUCAGAUCUAAGCGUCCUAGGCAACCUGGAAUGCUGGCUGAUGAAUACUCUGACUUAGAUAAUCUAUUCAAGAGGCCAAUGCCUUGGCUUGGUGAUGAUAUAUGCCUGAAGGAUUCCGAUGCUCAUCCAGGGCUUAGCUUGGUCCAGUGGAUGAACAUGCAGCAAAAUCCUCUACUGGCAAACUCUAUGCAGCCAAAUUUCAUGCAGUCUCUGGCUGGGUCUACUAUGCAAAACUUUGACGGAGCAGAUCUUUCCCACCAAAUGGGCCUUUCAGCACCACAAAUGCCUCAGCCCAACAACUUACAGUUCAAUGCUCAUAGGCUACCUCAGAAAGUGCAGCAACUUGAUCAAGUUCCAAAGCUACCAUCUACAAUGAACUCACUGGGAUCCAUUAUUCAGCCGCAACAGCUGAAUGACAUGACUCAGCAGUCAAGGCAAAAUUUGGUUGCUCAGACUCUACCCUCUAGUCAAGUUUUGCAGCCUCAAGCCCUUGUCCGAAGUAACAAUAUCCUUCAUCAGCAGCAAACAUCUAAUCCAACUCAUCAACUCCCUCUAAGUCUUCCUCAAAACCUGCAGCAGCAGCAGCAGUAUCUUGUGGGCCCAAAUCAUCCGCAAAACCUAAUGCAUUCCCAGCUGCCUGAUCCACUCAACCAGCAUUUACAAGUGCCUGACAACCAGGUCCAGUUUCAACUGAUGCAGAAACUUCAGCAGCAACAACAGUUGCUUUUGGCACAGCAAUCUGCACUUCAGCAGCCUGGUCUACUUGCCCAACCCCAAGAUCAACAAAGGCAGCUGUUAGAUGCGUCUCAGAGCUUCUCUAGUUCUGUGACAGCUAGCCAAGUGUUAGAGAUGCCUCAAAACAUACCUACCUUGCUACCUCAAUCUAAUGUUGCCCCACAGCAGAUGCCUAAAAAUAACAGCCAGGCAAAUGUUUGGUUCUCUCAGCCGCCUCUGCAGUCAAAAGUUCAGCAACAACAAACUGGAAUGCUACCUGAAGUUCCUGGUCUUGUAGGUCCCUUCCAAACUACAGCAACAAAUCAAUUCUCCACAGCUGUUAGUAGUGUAAUGACGUCUGCUGCUGUAGCCGCACCUUCUGUGAUUACUGAUGAUAAUCCAUCAUGCUCCACUUCACCAUCUACAAACUGUCCAAGUGUUCUUCAACCAAUGAUAGACAGCAGAGUCCACAGGAGUGCUGGGUUAGGAGAUGACAUCAGUCAGUCUGCUGCCACAGUAUUGAAUCCUAAUGCCUUGGAGACAAUGUCAACUAAGGCUAAUAUGGUUAAAGAACAGCAGCAAAAGUCUGUUAAACCCUUGUUGAAUAUCUCCAAGAGUCAAAACCAAGGCUCUUUUGCCCCGCAAAACUGUAUCAAUGGUGCUACAGCACAUGCAGAUUGUUUGGACACAUCAUCUUCUACAACUUCAGUUUGCCUUUCUCAAAGUGAUGCUCAUUUGCACCAAAACACACUGUCUUACAACCCUCAAACAAUGUUGUUGAGAGAUACAAGUCAAGAGGGAGAAGUUCGGGCAUAUCCAAGGAAUAAUGUUUCAUAUGGCAAUAAUAUGGAUAGCCAAAUUGAGAUGCCCAUGAAUUCUGACACUUUGUCUGCGAAAGGCAUGAUGGGACUGGGGAAGGAUUUUUCGAAUCACCUCUCUUCGGGAGGGAUACUCGCCAGCUAUGAAAACCCUAAAGAUGCUCAGCAAGAACUUUCUUCGUCAAUGGUUUCCCAGCCAUAUAGAGUUCCAGAUAUGGCGUUUAACUCCAUUGAUCCCACUAUAAACCAUAGCAGCUUCAUAAACCGCAAUGCAUGGACCCCACCAUCACAAUUUCAGAGAUUGCGAACAUAUACCAAGGUUUACAAACGUGGAGCUGUUGGAAGAUCAAUAGAUAUAACUCGUUAUUCAGGUUAUGAUGAGCUCAAACAAGAUUUGGCUCGUAGGUUUGGAAUUGAGGGGCAGCUGGAAGACCGUGGGAGAGUAGGCUGGAAACUAGUCUAUGUGGAUCACGAGAACGAUGUUCUGCUAGUAGGAGAUGACCCAUGGGAGGAGUUUAUCAACUGUGUCCGAUGCAUCAAAAUACUCUCCCCUCAGGAAGUCCAGCAGAUGAGCAUGGAUGGAGAGUUUGGGAACUCUGUCCUGCCUAAUCAAGACUGUAGCAGCUCUGGCAAUGGGAAUGCAUAAACUAGUAUAGUUACAAGCUAAGGUCCAUCAGUAGUCCGGGGCUCAUGCGGUUUGUAGGAUUUCAUUGCUUUUCCAUAUGUUAUAUAUUUUCAGCAUAUCCUUUCUGCAGUAAAAUGAUGUUCACUUUCAAUUUUGGCUGAACUUAAUGUCAGAAAAGAAGAGAUGACAAUAUCAUAUAAGCAGAAGAGGAAAACUGUGGACUGGAAGGGGCGGUUGAGCUUUUAUUUAAGAAUCCAGCUUAACCUUAGGUUUGAUUAUGUUAAGAAAUUGAUAUUCCAGCUUCUUUUCUCUUUUGUUUUUGGAUUGAUUGACCCUUUAUAUUAUCCUCAACUAUACUCUAAUAUUUGUACAAAGGAAAAAUCAUGAAUUUAUCGUUUUUUUUUUUUGUGUAUUAA